CAAAACUUUCGUGAUGAAGUUAGGGCCUUUUUAUAUGAUCGUAGUACCUGGCUCGGGUUGUGGCUUGAAUCACGCACUGGCUUGAUGUCGAUUUCACUGGUUUCACCGGAGAUCAUUCUGGCGUUUGCAUGGCGCCAAUCCUUGUUGUCUUGGAGAAUAUCCAAGAAAUGCAAGGUGGUCGAAGGGUGGACCUUGGUGCAUUCAUACUUUGUUGCCAUGGGUGGUUUCUUCGACCCAUCAAAAGGAGAAGGAAGUGCGGUGGACCCGAAUGACUUGCAGCGAUACCCUGGCAUAAUUGAGAAGACGGGGAAUACUAGGAAGGCCGCAAUAACGAAAAAGCAAAUUCUUGACAGAAGCAAAGGCGAUGCGUUUUCCAAAUUUCUCAUUGUCCUUCAACUACUAUGGUUUAUCACUCAGUAUGUCGGACGAUGGGCAAGCCAUUUGCACAGAUCACAACUCGAGACAAUGACACUGGCGUAUGCGGCAUUAAGUCUCUUUGUUUACGUGUUUUGGUGGCAUAAACCCGUUAACAUUCAAUUCCCAAUCCAUGUGACGGAAGAGUCCCCUUCCGUUCCUCCGACUUCCGAGACAAAUGUCGAUCAACCAACAGCUGAAAUGGAGACAGAUGCAGAUCCGAUGUCCCUUGUGCAGGUGUCCGAGCCCGAGGUGUUGGAAUUAUUGUUCAUAUUGACAGCCACUGGGAUGAUCUUUGGGGGAAUUCAUUGCCUUGCAUGGUCAUUUCCCUUUCCGACACGCAGGGAGAUGAUUCUAUGGCGGGUUUCAGCGAUAUAUAUCACAGUGGCUCCUACCUUUCUAUUUUUGAUUGUAGGGGGUAUAGAAUUACUUAUAGUAGUACUUAUAUUAGUACUUCCUCCACUUGUUUACGCUGCUGCGCGGGUCAUCUUGGUUGUUCUCACCCUCAGUUCUCUGCGUUCACCUCCGCCUAGUCUAUACCAGACCCCAUCUUGGUCAUCAUUCCUCCCGCAUUUUGGAUAG